AUGAGCACUAUCGGACUUGGCGAUUUGGCCAAUGAAACCUUGGAGACAAUUUUUCAAUACAUUCCAGCUGAAGAUGUCUGCACAAAUAUCCGAAAUACCUCGAGGAAGCUUAGAAAUCUCUCGUAUAGUCCUGGUUUUUGGCAUAAAUAUUUGAAGGUAUGUGUUUUAUUGAUUUUGGUUGCUUUUGAAUUUAGAUAUAAAACAUGAAGUUUUAGUUUGAGUUUCAAUAUUCGCCCAUCCAACGGCGAACUUUGGAUGCAGAUCCAAUGACAAGGGCGUUAGCGAUUGAAAGAGAAAAAAAUCGGUGGAUGAAUAAUAAUGGACUUACCAAAUACAAAUUUGGAGUAAAAAAUAUUGGAACCAUUGAUGCGCUAAGGUUGCACAAGACGAAAAGUGGUCAAAGGUUGGCUGUGACUGGGUCUCGAGAUCGAAAAGUUGUUUUAUGGGAUAUAAAAAAGGUGGCGGAAAGGGAAGACCAAGAAGAAUGGUGUAUCGACUCGGGAGAAGUCCAAGGUGGAUGGGUCUAUGGUUUGGAAGUGUCUGAUGAUGAUAAAACUGUAUAUAGUUGCGGAUUUGAUUACUGUUUACGACAACAUGAACUUACAGAAAGUGGGUUGAGAGUGAGUUUUAUCUAAAUUUAUUUCGAGUGUAAUAUAAGAAAAUAAUGUCGAAGUUAAUGUCCAAUGUCCUGAAAAGUAGUCGGCAAAAUUAUAUAUGAUAUUUCCAGGAGACGGCAAGUAUGAAUUACGGGCAAAUUCUAUUUCGAACCGUCCUCGACAACAAUCUUUUGUAUAUAUCGACGCUAAAACAAGGUGUACAUAUGGUUGAUCCGAGAGUUGGAUUAUCGCCUGUGAGAACCUGCAAAGACAAAAUUGGAUCUCUCAUCUUGUCGAUUAUGGCUCAUGAUCCUUUGAGGAAUGAUCUCUUCGUGGCACAUGGUCAAGGAAAAUCCACUCCCAUCGCACAAAUCGACAAAAGAGAAUUCAGGUGGGUUAAUGAAGGAAAAUAUGGGUGGCAUCCAGCAUUCUGGGCAUGAAAAGUUUAGAAAUUAUAAAAGUUUUAUAUUGUACAUGACAAAAAUGCAUUUUCAGAGUCUUAACUACAUUUCGGUUGCGUGAAGGUGAGGCUUGCUCCUCGUUAGACGUAAAUCAAGACCAUUUACUGAUCUCACUGAAGAAUGGAGAUGUCUCUUACUUCAAUCCAAAGACUAUAAAGACAGAUUUCACUUGGAAGGUCGAGAAUUCAUAUGAAGUCAUAAAUAAUAUCACAACCAGGUGCUCCAAUGGAGUCGUAUUUUACUCCACUGCCUAUGAAUUGUCGGCUUAUAUGCCGGGACGAAAACCUCAGCUUUAUGCAAAGAUCCCUUGCAAGGAUAUGAUAAUUAAUGUAAGGGUCAAGUAUAAUAUAAUUUGCGAUAUUUUAGACGGAAUAUUUGGACGGAGAUCUCGUGGCUAUCACUGGUGAUGGGAAGGUGCAGUUUUGGCCAAAAGAAUUUGCAAAUUCAACAGAAAAUCAACGUGCCUUAAGGAGUAUUAAGGUCGAAGAUCAUGUAUAA